AUGGGUAACUCAGCUUCUGCUGUCAAUGCUUUUGACUCAUUUCGUUCGGCUCUGAGUAAUGAUUCUUUCCGCAUGGAAGAUGCUGAAAGCGUAUUCAAUUUAUCCUUUACUAAGAAGGAUUUAACGCGUGUGUUAUCGAAUGAAUUUAUCCGUGAGCUUCGUCAUUUUCAUACAGAGCGAUUUGCCUUAUUGUUCUAUUGCUGUAUAAAGGAAAUCUCUUCUAUGAGAGAAGGGAAGAAAUCAUCCGUUUCAUCUUUCAAAGCUGAGGAAGUUUGUCGAUUUUUGACAGCACUUCAAAUUCUGCGCCGACUUCUUCCGAUUGCCUUUGAGGAUGGGGCUACUGAAAUCGACAAGGAUGCGAACAGACAAAGCGCCACUACAACAUCAAUUCCUUCCCAAAAGGGAGGGGCUUCAGAGGUAGCAUUGUCACAUUCAGGCAAUUGUGAACCAAGCACUCUAGAAGAGGACCAAGAGUACGUAUCGUCACAAUCAUCGGAGCCCAUUUCAUCAGGCGCAAAUUCUUGUUCUCAGCAACAAAAUAGAAUGAAGACACGAUCAACCUUUCAUUUUCAGAAGCUUUUUUUCAUAGAGGGAAGCAAAUGCAACGACAGCGAAACGGAUUCCCGUUUUCCUCUUCUCCCACUUCAAGAGGCGCAUGAAGCCCCAAAGACACUAGGGCCUUAUCUUGCUUGGGUUCUCGUGGAGUCCUGCUUUAUUCAAGGUCUCACACUCCUUAAAGAAACUAACUUCACCAAUACUCCACUAUAUAGCCUAGUACAUUCAGAGGUUGAUGUGAGUUUGCUUUGGUAUCCUGGGAUUGGUUGCGCCAAUCCUUCUGAAGCUCCUUUGGCAUCAACGCCAAGUGAGGUACACACAGCUCGAAGGGAGCUUCUUGAAACAUUACUCGUUCUGGUUUCCUCUCCACUUUUUUUUCCGGUGGGUUAUCGAGACACCAUUUUUACGGAAUCACUUAUCUCGAUUUCCGUAGUUCCUUUGAUGCCUACCCUCGCAGUCUCAAUGCUGAACUCCAUCUUGACUUACAAACCCCACAGCCACUUUCCAUACGCAACCAAAUUGUCGAUUGACGAAAGAGAGGUCGUCAUUAUAAGCUCGCGUUUUCUUUCAGCCAUCUUGUACUACAGUGGUAUCCCCAUAGAUACCUUACCAAAUGAGUCCAGCGACAGGCUGUCGACGAAGAAAGAUGAAGUGUUGGCUUCUCGGCCAUUAACCGACGCUAAGGAGUUUGAAGAGCAUAACAGGAGUCACUUCGUCUCGACAAACUCUCAACCGAAUGCACAAGUGGCAGACAAAGUUCAGGAGGAUACACUCGUUUUAUCCCUUUCUGGAAAACAAGAUAAUAUUUCUGAAUCAGGGGGUCUAGGUAAGCUGGUCUUGCAUUCGCCCGUUGCGUCUUCCACAUCUUCAGAACAUAUGCCGCCUCAUCAUCCUCCAGACGGAACCCCACCAAUCGCAAGAAAUGAACCUAUUUCCAACAACUCUCAAAGACGAAGUUCUCGCGAUGACACAGUCGGUAAUGUGUCUCAAAGCAUUGUACGGAUAUGCUUUGUACACUCUAUUCGCAAGGUCGUUCAUGACCUCACGAUGUCCGAAGCUAAACUAAUUCUAGACAGGCUCAAAAAUACGGUGGUACCUAGUCUUCACGCCAGACAGAUAGUUCUGCCAAGCUCUCGGUUAGCUACAAUUCCACAAGAUGGGCUUAUGUUUUUAUUGUCCAAGCUUUUAGAUAUUUCACCAUCAGUGUCCAGUCAAUUUUCACUCAAUCCAGGGGUGAUACCUUACUUGGUACCAAUUGUGGAGUACGGCAUGCAGGCAUAUAAAAGUACUUACUACUCAGGUCAAGCACAAAUUUCUCUCAACAUUUUGUUGCAUUUGUCGCAAAAUCGGGGUUUCACGCUGCUAUGUAAUCAAACCCUUUCCAUGUCUACGUCCAUGCCAGUCCCUUUUCCUAAGAUGCCUUCAGGGUCUACGUUUAACGAUUUCCUUGUGACGGCUCUGAGUUUCUUCAUGGGAUUUUUGGAGACAUCUCUUGGCCCCCAUCUUAUCUCUUGCAGCACAGUAUUGGCAAACAUGGCUCCCUUCAUUAUUAGUCUUGGCAAGAUCGCCUCGAAGUGCCUUGUGGCUGCGUUUGCUUAUGUGGCUCAUCAGUGCUUAGAGUACAAAGCCGCUAAUUCGUCUGAAAAGCUUGUAAUAUACGAGACGGCUAUGACCGCCACAUGUGAGGCGAUUUCUUGUUUGUUUCGAUAUCAUGAGGAGGGGUCUCGUUAUGUGAUCGCUUCCUUGCUUAGCUAUCGCAACCUUAUCGGGCGCGUAAGAGAGGCUUACAUAAAAUCGAGACCCUUGAGAGAUAGCAUCUACAUGCCCUUCAUGAUUCAGGAUCUAGUAACUGUCGUGGCCGCAGCUAUCCCAAUUGUGGAUAGUCUUGCUUUUUUUUCUCAGAGUAACGAUAGCUCUGAUGGCGAACAGGCUUACAGUGACUUCAAUGCUUUUUGGAACCACACCGAAAGGAUCUUCGAGGAUGACAAGGUUCUGAUACGAAAGCUGAGCACUCUUGUGUUGGUUGGUAUGCUCCUGCCUCAUCAAAUAACCAUUAAGGUGGUUCCGACAACGAAACAAACGGAGGAACAAAAGCUUGCAUUGUUCUGGGGAAGCAUGUUCAUAUGCUUUGACCCUGGUUCACUUGGGGAUUUCAAGUCAAUAAAACUUCUGCGCUUUGCAUAA